AUGCCCCUUCGACGGACCCGCGCGGCAGCUGCAUGCCUCUUCUGCCGUCAGAAGAAGUUAGAACUCGAAAAUGCAAGACUGCGAGACAACCAGCUUGCUGGAAGCGAGGAUUCAUUUCUGUCGCAGUCCACGAGCUCUCUCAGCCCGAUCAGCCCGAGGCAAGCCCGGGUAGCGCCUUCCAAGCCCCAGGAUGGCGAGUCUUUGAGAAGCAAUUCUCAUCCAGAAGUGCCUGAUAGCGACCACAACAACCAAAGAGCCACAUCGCUGUAUCAUGGCCCCACAAGUACUGCCUAUGAUGAUAGGACACGGUCCGGUGAUGGUGUUGGCAAUAUUGAUUUACCAAAUGACCCUGCUAGCGAAAACUGGUCAAAGAAUCUUCUUUUUGUGCAGACAGCAAGGCAGAGACAGCUGGAACCUCUCAAUCUUACGACCGGAAAGCUCGACUUUGAUGGUGUCGACCCUGAAAUCGGCAUGCAUUUGCUAUCCAUCUACUGGAGUCGACAGCUUUACACUGCGCAGAUAAUAUACCGACCAGUAUUCAUGCGCGAUAUGGCUUGCGCAGGACCAUAUUUCUCCAAGCUUUUACUGAACGCGAUCUUGUUUACUGUUUCCAAACACAGUCCCCGAAGUGAGAUCUGUUCGAAUCCAGAUGAUAUUACCACGGCAGGAUGGAGAUUUCGACAGCGGUUCACUGAUCUCUUACGAGAUAAUUUUGACAAAAGCAAAGUAACAACCAUUCAAGCUCUGCUCAUCAUGUCCAAUUCGCUCUUUUCGCGCUGCGACGAGCGAAGUUUGUCUUGGUUGUAUGCUGGAAAUGCUUUCAAUAUGAUUAUUGAUCUGGGCUUGCAUGUUGCUGCUUCGGGUGAAAAUAUGUCUGCAGAAGAGCUUGAGAUUCGGAAAAGAGUUUUGUGGGGUGCAUACUGCAGGCCACCGCUUCUUCGCCAUAAUAACAUCAAAGCAUCGUUGAAAUUUCUUGAUGAAUAUGACGAGCUCGAUCCUUUCCAGGCCCUCACCUAUAAACAGCUGACUCCUACACCAACUGUUCCUUCCCUAAAUGUAUCGCUACUCACAAAGCUUUGCGAACUCUCCGUCAUAAUAGAUCGCAUCUUGUGCGAACUUUACUCCGAAUCAGCGCAGAUGAUGCGCGGCCAGAGCGAAGGAAUAUCCGAUAACAUAAAUUCCGAAUUGUGCAGAUGGCGGCAAAAUCUUCCGCCAGAACUUGAUUAUCUUCACCACACUUCUCAAGCAGUUCUUCUACCGCAAGCAUUUUGCCUAUUGGCUCUUUUUAACGUCUUGAUAAUUCUAUCCAAACGUCCUCUGUUUACCGGAAAUGAUGAACGACCGAACAAUCCAGCUUCCGCCUUCGAAUCGAUAAACACGUGUACAGCUGCUGCAAACCAGAUCGUCCAGAUACUCCGUGAUUACUCUCAGCACUUUGCAAUUAGCUCAGCUCCAUACAUGCUAUCAUACGCAACCUACAUCAGUGCCACAAUCCAUGCCCGCAUAGUGGCACAGAAGGGCAAAUCAUCAACGUCCUUCCAAUCUCUCAUGCUCUGUCGGAACGUGUUGCAGGAGCACCACUGUCUUUACGGUGCGGCGGGAAAAGCAAAAGAGAGUCUUGAUCGAUUAUGUGAUCAUCUCGGCAUUGAUGCUGCAGAGGAAACUAGGCAAAUGAAUGUUUUCACGGAAGCCGCCCCUCGAGAGCCCAUGGUUACAAAUGGACCUGCGCAAAGUUUGGAUGCAUCGGGUAUCCCAGAUCAGACCAUCGAAAUUACUUCGCGGAUCAACUGGGGCUUGUCAGAUCUUGAUCUUGAGGCAAUCGCCCAAGGCUUCCGUUUUGAUGGCGAGUUAGAUUAUCUUAUGCAUCCUGUAGGAAUGUAA